AUGGCCACGAUAGCACCGCCUCCUUCGAAACGGCAGCGCCGCGAAGCCCUCGAGCGCACACAAGUUCAAGCCGAUGUAACACCCGCACCUAUCGAGGCUGGAUCUUUCAAAGCUCGUUUCGUCGAUAGCGAUUCCAACCAGCUUGCGGAAGUCGUCGAAAUCCCGCUUGCCGAUGCUAGCGAGAAGAAUGUGUCUCUGCUACUGAAUACACUCUUGGGUCGCGACAGGGACGACUUCACCCCCUACCGAUUCCGCAUACACGUGCCCUCUUCAGACAUCGUUAUCGAUACAUAUCCUACUCCGCAAGAGUUCCUCGCUGUGUUGCGUAGCCAUGGUAUCAAUAACCCGUUCGAGACAACUCUCACUCUGUCGGCAGAGCCGCAAGCUGUUUUCAGAGUGCAGGCAGUUACACGCAUGGCCCAUCGGAUACCAGGCCACGGUGAAGCGAUUCUGGCCUGCCAGUUCUCUCCUCGAGGUUCAAGUAGGCUCGCGACAGGAUCGGGUGAUAAUACAGCACGCAUUUGGGAUUGCGAUACUGGAACGCCGAAGUAUACGUUGAGCCAUACAGGUUGGGUUCUCUCGGUUUCGUGGAGUCCGGAUGGAUCCAGGUUGGCUACCGGCAGUAUGGACAAAACAGUCAAGAUUUGGGAUUCAGACACUGGCAAGUUAGUCGGCAAGCCUUUUGCCGGCCACGCAAAAUGGAUUACAAACAUGUCCUGGCAACCGUACCACGAAUGGACGGACAACACACCUAGGUUGGCGAGCGCGUCAAAAGACGCUACGGUCAGAAUAUGGAUCGUCAAUACUGGGCGAACUGAACAUGUCUUGUCGGGCCACAAGAGCUCGGUGUCUUGUGUCGUCUGGGGAGGCAAGGGGAUGAUUUAUACAAGUUCGCACGAUAAGACGGUGAAAGUGUGGUGUGCGGCCGAUGGAACGUUGAAACACACAUUAGCAGCACAUUCGCAUUGGGUCAAUCAUCUGGCCUUAUCAACCGAAUUUGUGUUAAGAACAUCUUAUUUCGACCACACUAAAGAUGUCCCUCAGUCGGAUGAUGCAAAACGAGCUAAAGCCAAGGAACGUUUCGAGAAAGCAGCUACCAAGAAUGGCAAAAUCGUGGAACGUUUGGUUUCUGCAAGUGAUGAUUUUACAAUGUUCUUAUGGGACCCCGAAGAAAGCACGAAGCCUAUUGCUCGAUUACAUGGCCAUCAAAAGCAAAUUAAUCAUGUUGCCUUCAGCCCAGAUCAAUCGUUGAUUGCCAGCUCAUCAUUUGACAACCACACCAAGAUAUGGAGUGCGCGUGAUGGCAAGUUUAUCAACACACUGCGAGGUCACGUCGCUCCUGUCUACAAAUGUGCUUUUUCAGCAGAUUCACGCCUUUUGGUCACAGCAUCCAAGGACACAACUUUGAAAGUGUGGUCCAUGCAGACCUGCAAGCUGGCAGUUGACCUUCCUGGGCACCAAGACGAAGUAUAUGCCGUAGAUUUUAGCCCUGACGGAAAGCGUGUAGGCAGUGGCGGCAAAGACAAGGCCGUCCGUAUUUGGUGUAACUAA